UGUAAAACACUUUGACUUUGUACAUCUUGUCAUUCUUUAAAUAGAGGUCAUAUGAAACGUUUUUAAUCAUACGUUUGAUAAGUUUUAGAUAGAAAAGACGUAUCCAUUUUUGAGUUUUUCUAGUAUUUUCGACAUCUAAAUAAUUUAAAAUGGAACCUGGAUUAUUAGAACCUAUUCGUGUAGUAGUCACUGGUGCUGCUGGACAGAUAGCAUACUCUUUACUCUAUCAAAUUGCGAAAGGAGAUGUUUUUGGAGCAAAUCAACCAAUCAUUAUCCAUUUAUUGGAUAUCCCACUCAUGAUGGAUGUUUUACAAGGAGUAGUUAUGGAACUUGUAGAUUGUGCACUUCCAUUGCUCGUCGGUAUUGUUCCCACUGAUGAUCCUAAUGUAGCAUUCAAGGGAGUAUCUGCAGCAUUCCUUGUUGGAUCAAUGCCAAGAAAACAAGGCAUGGAACGUAAAGAUUUACUUUCCGCUAAUGUUAAAAUUUUCAAAGUACAAGGAGAGGCCUUAAAUAAUCAUGCCUCAAAGGAUGUUAAAGUAUUAGUUGUAGGAAAUCCCGCGAACACAAAUGCCUUAGUUUGUUCCAAAUACGCACCAUCAAUUCCACGUGAAAACUUUACUGCCAUGACACGAUUAGAUCAAAAUCGUGCACAAGCAGAAAUUGCAUCACAAUUAAAAGUUGGUGUAGCCAAAGUAAAAAAUGUUGUCAUUUGGGGAAAUCAUUCAUCCACUCAAUAUCCAGAUGCUCGUUAUGCUACAGUAGAAUUAAAUGGACAAUCAGUUUCAGUUCCUGAGGCCAUUAAGAAUGAUAAAUUUUUAAAGGAGACUUUCGUAGAUACAAUUCAAAAGAGAGGUGCUGCAGUUAUCGCUGCCCGAAAAAUGUCAUCAGCCAUGUCUGCAGCUAAGGCUGCCGCUGAUCAUAUGCGUGAUAUUUGGCAAGGAACUGGUGAUAGAUGGGUUUCAAUGGGUGUUAUUAGCGAUGGUAGCUAUGGUGCUCCAAAAGAUGUCGUCUUUUCCUUCCCCGUAACAAUUAGUAAUCGCCAAUGGAAAAUUGUACCAAAUCUACAAAUUGAUGAUUUCUCUAAAGCAAAAUUGGAAAUUACUGGUAAAGAAUUACUUGAGGAACGGGAUGAUGCUUACUCAGUCUGUGAGCAAUGACUAGGAAACGGUAGUAAAUUGUAAAAAAUUCAACUGAUUUACAUACUCAAAAAAAAAAUUUAUAAUAAAACUUUUUAAGAAGCUUUUAAUAUAUGCAUUUAUUAUGUGACCUAUAUAAUUAUUAUGUAAUUAAAUAAAAGUAUAUUUUUGUUGAAUAUAAUGUUUAAUUGGCUUGGUUGGUGUAGGUUAUAUAUGGUUUA